AUGGCAAUUACGCGUCACGGGAUCAAUCGAGCAGAUACGGGGGCCUUGAUGAGAUGCUCAUUCGAGGAAACGGUCGAAAUCCUUAUGGAGGCUGCAGCGGUGGGUGAGAAGGACGACUGCCAUGGCAUUGCGGAGAACGUUAUGUUUGGUCAAAUGGCGCCAAUGGGCACAGGCGCUUUCGAGGUUGCGUUGGAUAUCGACACGCUGAAGGAUGCUGUUAGCGGUAGCGGGAAGGAUGGACGCGCGGUGAUGCGCGGUCCCGCAUGUGAUUGCGGCCGGCCGGAGCUCGGGUUAGGGCAUGGCCGGAAUAGCGCUAUAAGUAGCGGCGUCCGCGUGGCAGGUAGCCACGCUUUUAUCUCCCCUACGUCUCCUUUGUACCCUCUGUAG